AAAGGCUAACGGUCUUAUUCAUAAUCAUUUUUCACAUUUUAUCAAAUGCUUAUUAGAGGUUUAUAAAACGUUUGAUAAAAAUUGUUAUUCAUAAUCGUCAUUUAGCGCUAAAAUCCUCUUUUAUCUGUGUGAUAAGUUAUCGAGAGCUCGGGCCUUGUUUAAAGCUCUAAUAAACCUAUUUUAACCUAACUUUUAUAAAUGUCAUUUCAUAUGAAUGUCACUUCGUUGGUUUAUUUAUUCAAAAUAUCCUUGCUGUGAUCCUUGCUUGUGAAAAUGAAUGCUAUAAAUGCAAUUGUGCAUUUAGCCAAUAAUGCCGACCCAGCGCGACGUAGAAAGCUCUACCGCCAACGAAGCAACCCAUUCGAUUUGCGGGACCUAAAUUUUAAAAUAAAAUAUAGGUUCAAUAAGGACACAGUGCGCACCAUCAUAGAUUUGGUGGAAGAUGAUCUGGUUCAGAGCGCUAGAGGUGGUGGCACGUGUCCUGAACUGCAAGUUUUAGUGGCCAUAAGAUGUUGGGGACGUCGUGAGGUACAAGAUGAUGCUGGUGACCUCCAUGGCCUAAGUCAGCCGACAGUGAGCCGGAUAUGCGCCAGAGUCGCGCAUGCAAUCGCGAAUAAGGCAAAUUCCUUCAUCAAAAUGCCUAUCACUAUAGGAGAGCAGGAAAGAAUUAGUGCCAAAUUUAGAGCAAUUAAAAAUUUUCCUGGGGUGAUAGGAGCCAUAGAUUGCACCCACAUUAAAAUUAAAAAAACCGGAGGUGACAUGGCCCAGUACUAUAUUAAUAGAAAAGGCUAUUAUUCCCUGAAUGUUCAGGUUGUCUGUGAUGCUGACCUCAAAAUAAUGGAUAUAGUGGCUAGAUGGCGAGGCAGUACACAUGACAGUCGAAUUUUUAUGGAGAGCAAUAUAAAACAACGAUUUGAGGAUAGGCAGUUUAGAGGACGCCUUAUUGGCGAUUCGGGCUACCCUCUUCUGCCAUAUCUAUUUACACCUAUUUUAAGGCCUAGUCGUCCAGAAGAAGAAGCAUACAAUAAUGCUCACAUCUCAACUAGGAACACUGUUGAAAGGUGUUUUGGGGUGUGGAAGCAGCGGUUCCAAUGCCUACUCCAUGGCUUACCAGUAAGCCUCCAAAAUGGAAAAGCUGUGAUCAUAGCAUUGGCUGUAUUACAUAAUAUAGCCAUUGAUAUGAAUGACACAUUGUUAGAACAACAUAUGGAGCAGGUCCCUGUAACUCCGCAACUUUCGACGGAGAACAGUGUUCACGACAACCGACCUUCAUUGUUGAGGCGUAGGUCGCAGUUGAUACUACAAAAUUUUAUAAAUCAACAUUUUUGAAUGAUACUGUUCCUGGCAUCUUAAUGAAAAUAAAAAGAAUAUUUGAUUGAAAAA